AUGCUGUGGCAGUCUUCUAAGGCUAAAUUAAAUUUUUCAAGAGAAAAGAUGGGCUGUGCCUGCAGUUCAGAUUCAGACGAAUGGAUUGAGAACUUGGAUGAAAUCUGUGAACACUGCAACUGUCCCAUACCUCCGCAGUCGUGCAAUACAUACACAGAUCAGCUGAUUCCAUACCCAUCGCAAUAUUCCCCACCUACAUCACCUUUACCAGACAACAUCGGGGUGGCCAUAUACAGUUAUGAGCCCAAACAUGACGAUGACCUGGGAUUUGAGAAAGGAGACAAGCUCAAGAUCAUCAACAAGGAUGACCCAGAGUGGUAUUUGGCUGAGUCCCUCACCACAGGCCAGAGGGGCUACAUCCCAUACAACUUCAUUGCUAUGACCACAAUGGAGACAGAAACAUGGUUUUUUAAGAACAUUUCACGAAAUGAUGCCAUGAGGCUCCUCCUUGCUCCUGGGAAUACACAGGGCUCCUUCAUGAUUCGAGAGAGUGAGACUUCCAAAGGGUCAUACGCAUUAUCAAUCAGGGACUUGGACCACAACACAGGGGAAGGAGUGAAGCACUACAAGAUCCGUAACCUGGACAAUGGGGGCUUCUACAUCACAUCCAAGAUAUCUUUCAGCUCGCUGAAGGAGCUUGUGCAGCAUUACACACGCGAUGCAGACGGGUUGUGCACGAACCUUGUGAAGCCGUGCCAGUCGAGGGCACCACAGAAGCCCUGGUGGCAGGACGAGUGGGAGAUUCCCCGCGAGUCCCUGAAGCUGGAGCGAAGGCUCGGAGCCGGACAGUUUGGAGAAGUCUGGAUGGGUGUAUAUAACAAUGACAGAAAAGUGGCUAUAAAGAAUCUGAAGAUGGGCACAAUGUCCGUGGAAGCCUUCCUAGCAGAGGCCAACAUGAUGAAGAACCUGCAGCACCCCCGCCUUGUCCGCCUCUUUGCUGUGGUUACCCAGGAGCCAAUCUUUAUUGUCACAGAAUACAUGGAAAAUGGGAGCCUGGUGGAUUACCUGAAAACCCCACAGGGAGGCAAUUUGCCAAUAAACACUCUCAUAGACAUGGCGUCUCAGGUGGCUGAUGGCAUGGCCUUCAUCGAGCAAAGAAAUUACAUUCACCGAGACCUUCGAGCUGCCAAUAUUCUGGUUUCUCAUGAGCUCAUCUGUAAGGUUGCUGACUUCGGACUGGCGAGACUCAUCGAGGACAAUGAAUAUACAGCCAGAGAGGGUGCAAAGUUUCCGAUUAAAUGGACCGCACCAGAGGCCAUUAAUUAUGGCACCUUCUCCAUAAAAUCAGAUGUGUGGUCAUUUGGGAUCCUCCUCACAGAGAUAGUCACAUAUGGACGCAUUCCUUAUCCAGGUAUGUCCAACCCUGAGGUCAUCCAGAAUCUGGAGCAAGGCUACAGGAUGCCGAAGCCUGACAACUGCCCUGACGGGCUUUAUAGCAUCAUGUGUCACUGCUGGAGGGAGACACCAGACGACAGACCCACGUUUGAGUAUCUGAUAAGUGUUCUGGAGGAUUUCUUCACUGCCACAGAAAGGCAGUACCAGGAGUAGCUUUAUUGGAGGGAAAAGACACAGUGACAUACAUUAAAUAUAUUCAAACUAAAGGCACAGUUUGUGAUAGCAGAUGCUGGAUUUUGACUUAUUUACUGAAGAAUUAAAGCCUUUCUAUUGACAGGGUACAAACUGACGAUGAAUAAAAGUACUGUUGUACAUCAAACUUAUACUGUUAGCAUAUGCUACAGUCACCACUGGGAAUAUGGAGACGAAGAUCAAAAUAAGAAGAGAUCGGACGACUUGCUGCCUGGAAAAACUGUUUUAGAAACAUGUAGCUGCUGUCCUGGUGCAUUUAUUGUGUAAAUAUUGUUACCUGCUUUACCUACGCUGUCAACUAACUGUUUUAGCUCUAUAGAUGGAUGUUGUUAUUGUUGCUUUAUGUUCAGAAGAAGGCACACCAAUAUUGUUGAUUUUAAAUUGCAAUUAAAAUAAAAUACAAAUGCGUUUAAUACGUUUUCUGUUUAUUUUUUACAAAGUAUUUUACUUUUUAUUCAUAAUUCACUCAGAAUAUGCAA